AUGAAGCACUUGUCCUUGAUCGCCACCACCGUGUCAUGCAUGGGUGGUUUCUUGUUUGGUUAUGAUAUCGGUGUUAUCAGCGGUGUGCUUGCCAUGCCUACGUUUCCUCAAUACUUUGGCAUGGAGGGUGAUCCUGAUUACAUUGCCCGUGUCAAAGGUGAUGUGGUGGCAUUGUUACAGGCAGGCUGCUGUGUAGGUGCCUUGCUUAUAAAUUUUCUUGCCGAUCCUUUCGGACGUAAAAAGACAAUCAUGUUUUCAUCCAUCGUCUUUAUCGUGGGAGGCAUCCUCCAAGCUGUAGCCCAAAACGUUUCGACUAUGCUGGCAGGUCGUUUUGUUGCAGGAUUGGGUGUGGGUGCGUGUUCAAUGCUUGUUCCAAUGUACAUUGCCGAAAUUGCUCCACGUCGUCUACGUGGUCGUUUGGGUACCUUGUGGCAGUUCCUUGUAGUAUUGGGUAUCAUGUUGUCGUACUGGGUCGAUUAUGGAUGUGUGCGUCAUAUCCCAGUGUCAGAUAGACAAUGGCGUACUGCACUAGGUAUUCAAAUCAUCCCUGGUGGUUUAUUGUUCCUUGGCAUGUUCUUUUGCCCUGAAUCAUUGCGUUGGCUCGCAUUACGAGAGCGGAAUGAAGAUGUUUUGAAGGUCUUGUGUCAGUUACGUAAUCAGGAUGCCGAACAUCCUGCUAUUGUGCAAGAAAUGGAAGAGAUCAAAGCAGCGGCUCAACAAGAACGGGAAAUGAAAAUGACUCGUUGGACAGAGUUGCUUGUUCCCAACAAUCUACGUCGUCUACUUAUCGGCGUGUUCCUUCAAGUGGCUCAACAAUGGACCGGUACAAAUGCUAUUAACUAUUACGCUCCCGAUAUUUUCAAAUCAAUUGGUCUUACAGCUGAGAACACUGAUAUCCUUGCAACGGGCGUUUAUGGCGUGGUCAAAUUGGUUUUUGUUGUUGUCGCAUUCUUCCUUAUUGAUGGUCGCAUGGGACGAAGACGUACGCUGAUGCUUGGUGCUGCGAUCAUGUUUGUAUCGUUCUUUAUAGUAGGAGGAAUGGUAUAUGGAUUGCAACGCCAAAGUACUGGCAGUGGUGAUGAAAUCAAUGUUGUCGACGCUAAAGGCUAUGUGGCUAUCGUCUUUGUCUACAUCUUCGCUGUUGGCUAUGAAUUCUCAUGGGGUCCUGUUGUAUGGGUUGUCUGCUCCGAAAUCUUCCCAACACGCAUCCGUGCCAUGUGCUUGUCAGUCACCACUGCUUUCAACUGGGCCAUGAAUGCUACCAUUGCCAAGGUCACACCCAUCAUGAUCAGUGACAUUACCUAUGGCACGUACUUUUUCUUUGGUUGCUGUGCCGUAUUAAUGGGUACAAUCACGUACUUGUUCGUACCCGAAACUCGAGGUCGUUCGCUUGAAGAGAUGAAUGAAGUGUUCGGUGGCAGUGUUUGGGCGUUCAAAGACAAGUACGUGUGGAAGAUGGCUGACGAGGAAAACAAGACCAGCCAAGCUCAAGAGGUGGAGCGAGUGGAAGAUCAUAAGGUGGAGCAGCCACCAUCUCCUUCUAAUGCUGGUGCUGCCACUUCCGCCGAUAAGGAUUAG